GGAACUCAGUACAAUUUGAAACACAAUACGAAGCAGACGAAGACACAUCGGUGCGAAACCGAAACGCAAGUUACGCUCUCUGCGAAGUGAAGAAUAUUUCCAGCGAUUUUAAGAGUAUUAUUUACGGAAGAAAAGUAAUCAACACACAAUCAAAAUGCCAGCAAUUGGAAUUGACCUCGGUACGACUUACUCGUGCGUCGGCGUGUGGCAGCACAGCAAUGUGGAGAUCAUUGCCAACGACCAGGGCAACAGAACAACACCGUCGUACGUCGCGUUCACGGACACCGAGCGGCUGAUCGGUGAUGCGGCCAAGAACCAGGUGGCGCUGAACCCCAACAACACAGUGUUCGACGCGAAACGACUGAUCGGCAGGAAGUUUGACGACCCAAAGAUCCAACAGGAUAUGAAGCACUGGCCGUUCAAGGUGGUCAGCGACGGCGGCAAGCCCAAGAUCCAGGUGGAGUUCAAAGGCGAGAUGAAGAGGUUUGCGCCCGAGGAGAUCAGCAGCAUGGUGCUGACCAAGAUGAAGGAGACCGCCGAGGCGUACCUGGGCAGCGCGGUGCGCGAUGCGGUCAUCACUGUGCCGGCAUACUUCAAUGACUCACAGCGACAGGCAACCAAGGACGCAGGCGCCAUCGCAGGACUGAAUGUGCUUCGCAUCAUUAACGAGCCCACCGCCGCUGCACUCGCGUACGGCCUUGACAAGAACCUGAAGGGCGAGCGGAACGUGCUCAUCUUUGACUUGGGCGGCGGCACCUUUGAUGUGUCCAUCCUGAGCAUCGACGAGGGCUCGCUGUUCGAGGUGAAGGCGACGGCGGGUGACACUCACCUAGGCGGCGAGGACUUCGACAACCGACUGGUGAACCACCUCGCCGAGGAGUUCCAGCGCAAGUUCAAGAAGGACCUACGUUCUAACCCUCGCGCUCUCCGGCGUCUACGCACCGCAGCCGAGCGAGCCAAGCGCACGCUCUCCUCCAGCACUGAAGCAACUAUCGAGAUAGACGCGCUGUACGAGGGCAUCGACUUCUACACGCGAGUGUCGCGCGCGCGCUUUGAGGAGCUGAACGCAGACCUGUUCCGCGGCACCCUCGACCCCGUCGAGAAGGCGCUCAAGGACGCCAAGAUGGACAAGAGUCAGAUCCACGACGUGGUCCUCGUCGGUGGCUCGACGCGCAUACCCAAAGUGCAGUCGCUGCUUCAGAACUUCUUCUGCGGCAAGAAGCUGAACCUGUCCAUCAACCCGGACGAGGCGGUCGCGUACGGCGCCGCCGUGCAGGCCGCCAUUCUGAGCGGCGCCACCGACUCCAAGAUCCAGGACGUGCUGCUGGUGGACGUGGCUCCACUGUCGCUCGGAAUCGAGACCGCUGGUGGCGUCAUGACCAAGAUCGUCGAGCGCAACUCCAAGAUCCCGUGCAAACAGUCGCAAACGUUCACUACGUACUCUGACAACCAGCCGGCAGUCACCAUCCAGGUGUACGAGGGUGAGCGCGCCAUGACCAAGGACAACAACCUGCUCGGCACGUUCGACCUGACCGGCAUCCCGCCGGCGCCUCGCGGCGUCCCGAAGAUCGACGUCACUUUCGACAUGGACGCAAACGGUAUCCUGAAUGUGUCCGCCAAGGAGAACAGCACCGGCCGCUCGAAGAACAUCGUGAUCAAGAACGACCGCGGGCGACUGUCGCAGGCGGAAAUCGAACGCAUGCUCGCCGAGGCGGAGAGGUACAAGGAAGAGGACGAGAAGCAGCGGCAGCGCGUGGCGGCACGCAACCAGCUUGAGGCGUACGUGUUCAGCGUGAAGCAGGCGCUCGACGACGCCGGCGACAAGCUCAGCGAGAGCGACAAGAGCACGGCGCGCUCCGCUUGUGAUGAGGCGCUACGUUGGCUCGACAACAACACCCUCGCCGAGCAGGAAGAGUACGAACACAAGCUCAAGGACCUGCAGCGCGUCUGCUCACCAGUCAUGACGAAGAUGCACGGCGGCACCGGUGCUGGGGCCGCGCCAGGAGGGCAACAACACGGCAGAGGUGACGGACCCACCGUCGAAGAGGUCGACUAAACACUCGUCUCACUUGAACAUCACACAGCAACAUAGUACCUGCAGUUCCUACGUGAUUCGAAAGUAUGAAAGAAUGUAUUGUAUGCAUCUUAAUGUAAUGUAUUAUGUUUAUAAGACUGAUUUAAUUUAUUGUAACGUAAAUGGCAGUACAUGAUCACCAGUUGGAAAAAAAAAUAAAGUAAUUACUUAAGGUUAUUUAAUUA